AUGACUGGCAUCAAUGCCAUCGUGAGCUUCAGCGGCACACUUUUCAAAGCUCUUGGCCUCCAUGGCAUCACCUUUGCGAUUAUCCCUUUCGUGGCCUUCGCAGCAGGGAAUGCUGUCGGGAGCUUUAUUCUGGUAGAUCGGGUUGGACGACGGCCUCUUCUUCUCUUGGGCAUGGUUGCCAUGUCUGCCGCAAUGCUUGUCGGCGGAGCUGUUGCGUUGCUUGCCCAAGAUCCCGAGACGGGGCACAUUGACAAGAUUUCCGGAUACACCAUCGUGUCCAUGAUCGUGAUGUACAUGUUCUCCUUUGGCAUCUCGUGGGGCUAUGGAGCUUGGCUUUACAUCUCCGAGAUCAUGCCCCUGCGCGUGCGAGGAAAGGCCGUGGGACUUUGCACAGCCAUGAAUUGGGGACCCGCGAACAUUUUAAGCGCCUUCGUGACGCCGCAGAUGAUCUCCUCCCAACUCGGCCCGGGUGGCACUCUGAUCUUCUUCGGCUGCGUCUGCUUUGUGGUGAUUCCCUUUGUGGCAACCUGCGUCCCCGAAACGAAGGGCAAAACUCUCGAGGAGAUCGUCCCCCUCUUCCGCUUCUCGGGCUGGAGGGGCUUUCGCGCCUUCGCCCGCGCGAACCUCCGAAGCGGGCUUGGGGAGAUCUGCGAAGGGCCGUCGGAGAGCGACUCCAGCGAUGCGUCCUCCGCAAGUGAGGGGCCGGAGGGGUAA